AUGACCCUGGCGUCGGCGCAUGGUGGCGAGGAGAACGACUUCGACCACGCCUUCGAGAGCCUUCAGCUUCUGCUACAGGUUCGCGCCGACCCCGACCGCGGCACUGGAGCUACAGCGCUGUUGGCAGCUGCCGGCAACGACAACGUGGAUGCGCUGGAGAUUCUCCUGGAAGCGCGGGCCGAUCCAAACCAGCGGGACUCGGAAUACCAGGCGACAGUUCUUUCUUGGGCGGCUCACAAUGCAAACGUGGAUGCGGUGACCGCCUUGAUCCAGCAUCGCGCUGACGUUAACGCUGUUUCAGGCUGGGGAGCGGAGUGGCAUUCGGCGCAGAGGGUUUCGGGUUCCCCCAGGGCUGCAGAAGCUACUUUGUGGCCUUGUGCUGCAGGCUUUUGUAGAAGUCUGAAGUGGGCCUCAUGA